AGAAAUGGCGAUUCGUUUGAUUGCCGGCGAAUAAUUUUGUAUUGAAUUUAUUAGUAAAUUCAAAGUGAGAUAUAAUAUAAAUGGCGAAUAUUAAAGUUCAUGUGCCUACUUACAAACUGCUGUGAUCAAAGACGGGAAAACAACGCUAAAUCUAGAUAUUUUAUGAUAAUUGUGAAAUGGUUCACCUGAAGAAAUCAAUAUGGCUCUCAAGCUCGGAAAAUGUAGACUUUGUCUCAAACUUGGAGAUUUUUGCUCCAUCUUCACCGCGGAUAACAAUGUUCAACUCGCUGAAAUGGUUAUGGAAUGUGCCCGAGUAAAAAUAUAUGAAGGAGAUGGACUACCGGAUAAAAUAUGCAACGAGUGCAUACAGAAACUCAGUGGUGCUCAUAUAUUUAAACAGCAAUGUGAACGCUCGGACCAGGAACUACGACGAAACUAUGUGCCACCACCAGGAUUUAGUAUAUCGCCCCCUCCGCCGACUCCGACGAAUAGACAGAGCAGCGAUUCCGCGUUUUCUUCUCUCGCUACCGAAGUAUCGAAACCCUCGUCUUCCGUCGAGAGCAAAGUGAAAGCGGCUCCCAGAGGUCGCAAACGAAGCGGUGACAGCAUCGACGACGCGUCCGUGAGCAGUCGCUCCCACGACUACCGCGGGGUCACGAAACGCGUCGACGAGCUGCGGACGACCCACAAAAGGGGAAGAUACACCUCCGAUUCCGAUUACGAGGACAACAGCGCGUUCUACUCGGCUGAAACCGACUCCGACGACGUGUGCGAUUACAAAUGCAAGGAAUGCCCGAAAUCUUUUAAGACUCAGAAGAGUUUGACGGCCCAUACCAAGGUGCACAGACGCAAAAUCAACAAUCAAGCGAACGUUUCCCGGGAAAAUGACGACUUGGACACGACGUACAAUAGCGCCGCUGAUGCGAGUGUUAACGAACCGAAUUCGACCUUCGAGACCUCCAAAACAUUCGACGACGCCAUGGACGUGGAGGACAAGCUCUCGUGCGACAAAUGCAACAAAACAUUCAAAUUGAAGAUUAUGCUGAAACGCCACCACGAGACGUGCGGCAAAACUCCCACGAAGACGCUCCAAGUCGCCCUGCAGCCGCUCGAGCUGCCGACGUCCAGCGGCGCGAUCACCUGCAAGAUGUGCAGCAGCCUGUUCAAGACCGUCGAUAAUCUCGCCAAGCACAUGAGAGUCGUCCACGCGGCCGCGCUACCACCUGAGGAGUUACAAAAGGAGAAAAAUGUCGAAGCCGCCAUCUCUGUCCCGUGUAUUUUUUGUCAGCAGUCAUUCGAAGAAUUCCUAGCCUACAAGACGCACAUAGACGAAUGCUCCGAGAAGCGAACCUUGCAGAGUUUCGACUGCCCGCUCUGUCAGCGACCGCUAUCGCGGAGACACGCCUACAUCGCCCAUAUCAAGUCCCACUUUUUCCCUACGACGAACACGAGGUUCCCGAACACGCCGCUAAAACCUGAGACGCCUACCUUCAAAUGUCGUUUCUGCAGCCUCACGCUACCCAGCCAAGAGCUCCUGAUAAUUCAUUUGUCCAAGCACAUGUCGAAUAUGGACGAUCCCAACGAAGCCGGCGACGAGGAGUCGAGAGCGAGUACUGUCGAAGAUUCAGCGUCCGUACAUUCCGAAUACAGUGGAAGUGCGCCACCUCGAAAGUUCAACUGUCGCUACUGCGGCAAACAAUUCACAUACGAAAAAGCUCUAGCCACUCAUAUCGUUAAAAAUCACCCGCCGGGCUCGGAGGUCAAAGGCGAGCCGCCGGAUAAAAACACCUCCUCGGACUUGCUCAGCGAGGCGAACCAGAGCUUAAACGACACGGGAAUGACCGAGGGCAUGAACGACACGGGGAUGACGGAGUCCGAGUCCAGCCCGGACGAGGAGGGCGAGGACGACAACACGUGCGACAUCUGCGAGAAGCAGUUCUCGUACCGUCGCCUGCUGCUGCACCACAAGCGCACCAAGCACAACAUGUCCUCUGGCACCAAGCGCGCCAAGAUCACGCUCAAGGACUGCAUGGUGCGCUGCCUCAUCUGCGACAUCGAGAUGAAAGUGAGCGACAUCAACGAGCACAAUCAAACGCACAUAUCCGCCAACAUGAAACCGAGGAACUUGUACACGUGCACGCUGUGCACCAUGACGUUCAAGAGCUGCAGCGGCCUGGCGAACCACAUCAAGCUAGUGCACAGACUGAAGCAGCAGGCGCCGAAAUUAGAUAUGUCCGCCCCGAAUCCGGCGGAUUUUUGUGAGGUCGUUGUGACAAAGGCGGAGCCCCUGGACAAUGUUCAGGGUCACAACGGCUUUUCCGAGGCCGCCGCCACCGAAACGAUACCUUUGGUGAACAUGGAGGAGCUGACUUGCCACAUCUGCGGCAAGCAGCUGCCAACGCUCAUCUCGCUCAAGAGACACGUCAACUGGCACAAGAACGUCGGCAACAACAUCGAGAAGCCGAUGGAAUGCUUUGUUUGCAAAGAGACGUUCAGAUUCCAGUGUCACUACAAGAUACACAUGCGCGUCCACUACCACGACACCAACCUGGACCCCAAGCACCUCACCUGCCCCAUCUGCAACCGCAAGAGCAAGCACUUGCGCGCCGCCCAGAUGCACAUGAACUACCACAAGCAGACCCGAUUCAAGAAUAAGGACUACGAGUGUUCCAUUUGCAAACGAAUCUUCCAACACCGCAAAGUCUACCUCUCGCACAUGGCUGUCCACUUCAAAAAGGGCGACAGCGCCGCCAACACGAUCGUCGGCUCCGAGCUCCCCAUGAACGCGGACAGAUCCGCAUUCGACGGCACUAACACCUGCCACCUCUGCGGCAAGGUCUGCGACUCGGAGAACUCGCUCAAGCACCAUCUCAUCUGGCACAAAUCUAAAACCCUCCUGUUCGGCGCGAGGCACCAGUGCGACAUUUGCAGCGUAGUCUUCACUAACAAAAGACGCCUGGAACUCCACUACCGAACUCAUUUCGAGGACGACAACGGGCCCUUCAAGUGCCACAUUUGCGGGAAAGGCUACAUAGUGGAGGACUACUGCAAGAAACACAUCAAGGGACACAACUUCGAUAAUCAGUCGCACAAGAAGCGAAUCGAGAAGCUGCGAAAGGAUAAGGUGAAGUGUCCGAUAUGCUCGCGGUACUAUCCCGACCUGGUUAAGCUCAUUCGCCACCUGCGACGUACGCACCCCGAGAGCAAGAUGAUAAAAGAGGACCCGGACGCCCCUCCGCCCAUGUACCACUCGUGCAAACUGUGCGCCAAGGUUUUCUUGGACGAGAGGAGACUGCAAUCUCACGAGGAAGCCCAUCUAAGGAAGCCAGAAUUUUUCAAGUGUAAAUUUUGCGGAAAGAAAACCAUAUCGCUGAAGAGUCACAGAAUUCACAUAAAGGGUCAUCUGACUCAAAAGUAUAUCGACGACCCGCUGAAGUGCCCCCACUGCGACGAGACAUUCAACAGGGGAUACGACUUGCACUAUCAUCUUCGCGACACCCACGACAUCACCGAAACUUGGAUCGCCGAACGCGGCACCCAGACCCUGGACGGUCCUCUCAAGGAACUCCAGUGCGGCGUCUGCUACAAGGUCCUGGCCAGCAAGGGCAACUACGACAGGCACGUCGACUACCACAACUCCCUGCGAUGCAACUACUGCUUCGAGUACUUCAACACCUCCCGAUUCCUGGAGGGCCAUCUCGCUUUCAGCUGCGAGAAGAAGAAACUCAUAGGCGAUACCGAGACUCAUCCGAGAAAAAUUAAGUGCGAGAUUUGCUUCAAAGCUUUCCAUCUGCAAGUCAAACUGGACUGUCAUCUUCGGGUCAAACACGACAUCAAAGUCUUCAGGGAGAAAUCAGCCGGAAAGAGGGAGAUCGUCUGCGACUACUGCUUCAAAGUAUUCGAAAACGAGUACGCCCUGAGCAACCACAAAUUGUAUCAUCGCACGAUCGGCUACUACGGCUGCAUAUACUGCGCCCGAAAGUUCAACACGAUGACCGCGUACAGGAAACAUAAAAAUCAUCACUUCGCCCAGCUGCACGUCGACGACCCGGUGAAGUGCGAGCACUGCGACGAGACGUUCGUUGCGUUCCGCGAGAUGAUAUACCACAUGCGGGACGCGCACGGCGACGACAAGGAGUGGAUCAUCGAGCCGAAGCAGUCCAUCGAGGAGAAGUGCCCCAUCUGCGACAAGGUAUUUUUCAAUCUCCACCGCCACAUCGACUACCACGAGGAGAACAGGUGCAAGAAAUGCGGCGAGUAUUUCUACUCCACCGUCGACUUCGACAACCACCUGUGCCCGAUCGACUCCGACGAGGAGGUCGACGAGAGCAGCGGCUUCACCGACCUGCGGCCUAAAUACGAGGAGUGCGACUUCUGCUUCAAGCCCACCACCAGGAAAAACUCCAAGAAGCUGCACGACAACAUGCACCGCGGGUCGGGCGCCAUCUCCUGCCGUUUCUGCUCCCAGAAGUUCAAAACUAUGGACGCGUUCAACAUCCACGCCUUCUCGCACAGGAGCAGGAAGUACAAGCUGAAGCCGAUCAGGUGCAAGAUGUGCCCCGAGGCGUUUGUCAAGUACGGGCCGUUCAUGAAGCACAUGCGGGACGUGCACAAGGCCCUGAAGAAGAUGCACUACCGCGCGCGGGUGAAGGCCGAGCCGUGCGUCGUGUGCGGGCAGAGCUUCCCCAACCUGCACAACCACUACCGCGCGCACAUGGACCACAAGUGCCCCUCCUGCCGCAAGUAUUUCACGUCGAGCCGCGCCUUCUCCCAGCACCAGUGCGAUGUGCCCGACGCCGACCCCACGAAGGUGUUCACGUGCGACGCCGACCUCAACCGCCUCAUCGCCGAGUACGUGCCCAAGGACGAGCAGGACGACGAGAAGUACUACGGCUACGACGACAACGGCGACGACCCGCCACCCGAGCCCGAGCCCGCGCGCCCGCCGCGCCCGCGGGGCCGCCCCUCCGUCGCGGGCGCGCAGAGCUCGCAGGACGAGGACAGCCAGAACUCCGUGGACCCCGACGAGGGCGAGCUGCACGAGAUGGUGCACGCCCCAAUCAUCUCCGACGUGCUGUCCCUCUACCAGAACAACGAGAAGAAAAAAGGUCGAAAAGACGACGACGAGGACAGCGACGUCGUCAUGCUGUCCGACGACGAGUCCGGACCCGAGCGAGUUAUACCCGUCGUCGUUUUGGACGACGAUUGACAUUGAAUUAUUUUCGAAUUGGUUUUCUUUCUGACGGAUGAUUUUCAAUUCUAAUCAUGAGUAUGUUGACUUUUUAAUCUAAUUUAAAAUGUCUAUCGAUGUCUGAUCUGAAUUCUGAUGGUUAUUUAGACAUAAUUGUGUAUAAUUUAUUAGGUACCUUCCCGAGUACAAUUUUCGUAGAUGUGUAGGUGUAGGAUAGGCUUAAGGUUUAGGUUUACUAGAUUUUAUAGUAGAGUCAAGAAUCUGACUAAAAUAUUGUCAUUUGUAAAAUAUCACCGGCUAUAAGGCUGCCAUACUGUACAUAGUCGCGUAGAACUGUAAGUGUUAGACAUAGCGAUAGGCUUCGUGACAAGAAAUUUCCGCAAAUUCCUUUAAAAUAUUGUAACAAUUUGUGUACAUCUAUAAAAGUAACUUAAUUUUUUACUAAAUGGAUCGAAAGCUUAGAUAUUGUAACUUUAUAUUGACAAAUAUUUUAUUAGACAUUUGGAUUAUGUGUGAGA